UACAUCUCUCCUUUCACCUUCACUCGCACGACCUCACCGAACUGCGCCUCCGCGCCCGCGCCUCCCCAGUUUCUGCGACAGCUGCCACGCCUCACAACACCGUGGCCAUUCGACGCUCGACCGCGAAUCAGCGGACCGUCUCACGCGCUGCAUGCCGGUGGAAGCGCGCGCAUUCCAGCAAAGCCGCCCCCGGCGCAACAUGAGAUGGAGAACGUCGUUAUAUUGGACGGCUCGCCUCUGGCCGAGUUUCUAGAAGGAGAAGGAAGAGGAUCCACCCCGCCGUCGCCCGCCGCGCCGCCGUCAGACCCGCAGAGCUUCGCGCCACGGGGCCCUUCGACGCUGCAGUCCAGGAUACGAGACAAGCUACCGCAGCCGCUACAGGUUCAUGUCGGACGAAAUGGCUCCGUUGCGCGCAUCCACCGCGCCUGCUCGAAAGCGGUGAACUCCCGGCUGGGCCGCGCCGACAACCAGCGCUUCCUCGAGCACUUUCGAUACCUCAUAGUCGCCUCUCAGCUUCUAAGUGAGCAAGGCGGCUUGCGAGCCACGGCCCUCCCCAGCUUCGCCGCCGACGAACGAGCAGGCCCACAACAAUUCCACGUUGCCACAAUCAGUCUGACAGGCGCAGUCCUGACGGGAGCAACCGCCUUCGUGCUCGUCUGGCUCAUACACUGGUCUAGAAGCCGGGGGUCUGGCUUCAGCAGGGGCAGAUUCGUCGUCGUGGUUGCCGUAUUUUGUGCUGUUGCGGCAGCCUUCUACGCGUACAUUCGCCGGCAGUGGCUCCAGUAUCUCCGCCAGCAGGCCGUGGAGGGCGCUGCGGCCCUGGUCACGAACCUGCAAGCUUUCGAAGCCUCGACGUCAUCGGCGCUCGCAUUGAUCCAGGAGGUGGAGCUCGUUUCAAGGGGCUACCGACUAAGCAGCCCCCUUCCGCCCAUCUCGAGGAUCGAGGAGAAAGGCCAAGCGCGCCGCUGUCACCGCCUCCGUCGGAGUCUCCGCGCCGCCUUCGCUGAAACCAUACCUGUCUUCUCAGAGCAGUGUGGGGCUCUUAGGCAGCUUGUCGAGGAGGACGACCUGGAGAAGUAUCUUGACGUCUACGAUAUCAGCAAUCCCGACCUGCAAGAGGCGGCUCAAGGUUACGCCGAGUCUGAGUUUGAGGACGCCGAAACCCUGAAGGCCCUCCGGGUUCUGCAAUAUCGCCUCUCUACGCUUCGGCGGGUGUAUCUGUGCUCGCUGCUCGCUCUUCAAGCAGAUGGGGGAAAGCCGGAUUUCGGGCGCUGGAGUGCCGUCGUUGAUUCGAUGAUGAUCUUAGCGGCUGCAACAGGAGAAUUGAGUGAGAAGUUCAACCGUGUCCUUGGCGAGGAGGAGCAGUUUACGUUACCCUCGCCACUGAAGGCUCAGCCGACACCUGGACGAGAGCGCCUGCGCAACUCCGUUCGUAAGCUGGGCGGUCUCUCGCAGGGCAUUCGCGGCCUGCAAGCGAAGAUGCAGAUUCUUCGCGAAGAGUCCAACAAGAGCUUGGAGGAGUCCGAGGACGUCUCUGAGCUUGCUUCACACCUAAUGGCCCAGUACGAAUCCAUCGGUGCUGACUUGAAGAGCCUAGUUCAGGCAUGGGAGGCUGGUAGGAACGCACUCGCGCUAAACAUAGACCGGCACGAGCGGCGCAUCUCUCAGGCUUCCAGUGGGUUGCGAUCACCCGUGCCGAGCCUCGGUGGUUUAACCGCUGUCGACGAAGGGAGCCCCUCUGAAGCCCUUCGUGCGCUCAGCGGCGACCUAUUGAGUCCCCAGCAAUCGGCGCCCCCGAGCGUAGGUAGUAAUUCGGACGACGAAAUAUUCGAGGCCAUCGCAAUCCCGAAGACCAGGAUGACGAUGACAAGGGAAGAGCGCAUGCAAAAGAUUCAAGAGGAUCGUGCACGCCAGGUAUCUCUACGAGAACAAAGAGAAGCAAGCACUAAUAUGCUGAAAGAGCUGGAGUCGGUGAUAAACCUCAGGCCGCAGAGGCCUCCUGCACCCGGGGGAAGGGUUACGAGUCUUUGACGUUCUCUUUCUCGACUAAUGAUAGCUUGACAGGUUUCCUUGGGCGUUUUUCCAUACGUGGCUGGGCUUUGACCCACCAUACAUCUAUACCUCUGACGCAAAUGGGAAUUUCUUAAUAUCUUGUUCUAUUUACACCUUUGGAGUUGGGGGCUUUAAUGUCUAGACGUGGAUAUCCUGGUCGAUUAGCCCUUGCGAUACUUGACUUUUCAAUGUUUUGGCCGGCUUUUGAGCGACUUGAACUUGGGCAUUUCGGGCUCUCCGUCUUUCAGGAAGUCGGGCAUACCAGCGCUUUGCACGUGUAAAAGUAGUUUGAAAAAUAUGAAAUAC